AUGGGGGAAUAUGAGCCGAAAAUUGAAGUCCAUUUUCCUUACACAGUCACAGCCGCAAAGGGAUCUACCAUUAGGAUGGAGUGCUUUGCGCUUGGAAACCCCGUUCCAACAAUCUCAUGGAGGAAAGUCAAUGGCCCUACUCCGAGCAAAGGCCGCCUGAGGAAGUCCCAAGCGGUACUUGAAAUCCCGAAUGUGCAGCUGGAAGAUGCAGGAACAUAUGAAUGCAAAGCCGAGAACUCCCGUGGAAGGAAUGUCUUCAGGGGGCAGCUGCAAGUAUACACGUACCCGCAUUGGGUGGACAGGCUUAAUGAUACCCAGCUAGACAGUGGGGAUCAACUUCGAUGGGAAUGUAAAGCGACUGGAAAGCCACGGCCCACCUAUCACUGGCUAAAAAAUGGAGUGUCGUUCUUGCAGGAGAGCAGGAUUGAGAUGGUUAAUGGUGUACUGAUGAUCCACAGUGUCAAUCAGUCGGAU